AAUUCAUACCAUGAGCAUCAGAAGAACGCUCAGAGUAGAGAUUUUGUCAGCCUUCCCUGUUUCAUUGUCUUUAUUCGUUCUCCGGUAAAGUGCAUGGAGUGUCUACCUCUCUCACCACCACAAACGCCACCAGAAGCCGUUUACGUGGAAGAAGUAAUCACAGAGUGUUCGGAGACAAUGAGUCCGAAAUGCACUAGAAUGGACAAAUCUGAUAUUGACGCAGUGGAAACACUGUUAUCGAUGAGUAAGUGGUCUCCACAGCGUCAGGAUGGGUCUUUGUCGCCAAGUAGUUUGUAUCGAGGAUCGCCGGAGCUUAAUGCGCCACCUUCUCCAUAUUCACAAGAUGAUGAAGACAGCAUGGACUCUUUUCCACCCCCGCCGAUGAUCGUCAAGCCCAAAAGUGUUUUCACAUCAAGUGCCAAUAUCCCUGAGUCUCCGCCAAUGACUCCCCCACCAACGAAACUGCAACACACAUUGAUGCUACCCGGAACAGUACCAGUUGUACCGUCAUUGACUGUCUGCCAUACUGGUAUCAGCGGGUACACAACUGUCAUGACGUCAUCACACAAAAACGGCUCACUAACUUUUGGAAGUGGCACAAUGUCAAUUCCACCUAAAGGUAGUGCUGUCUGCAAUGUUGUGUCAACGACUUCGGCGGUACCGUCAGUGAUUUCACCAGUGUUGAAACUACCACUGCCGUCUCUGAAAACAGUUUCAUCUCAGACGUCUUCUUCGCUUUCAUUACCAAGUACGCCAAAAUUCAUUUCAGAUGUCACACAUUCAGGACUCGCCGCAAAAGCGGCUCACGUUUCUGUCAUCAGUCGAAUACAAAAAUCAGCACGUGUGACAGUGUCCAGUACACAGUCUACUAAACUUACGAACAAUACAACGCCAAGUACAAGGACUAAGCAGAAUACUUGUGUGCGGACAAAUGUACCUCAAGCAAUCAUGCCCAAAGUGACAUCACCUGCCAACAUUACACAGGUAUCGAUGGCGCAACCAAUCGUUGCUGUGCCUCAUUCGUCAAGAGUAAGUAUGAUACCCGUUACUGCCACGCAGGGUAUGCAAGUCAUUACACAGCCAAAAGGAGUAAAUGUUGUCUCAUUAGGACAGGUUGGGCCUGCUGUGAAUGCAAACGCACAAGUUGCCAACCAGACCAAUCCAGUCUUUAUGGCUGGUACAUUAGUACCACCCGGAACUUUAAUGUUGAUUAUGAACCAGACCAAACAAGAAACAAACUCUCCUGUCCAAAUCGCACCUGUUGGGGGAUUGCCACACGUCGUACAGUCACAGAAGCAAGCUGUGCAGAUGCCAGUCCAGGAAUUCAGUCGACGCCGAAGCCACAUAUGUACUUAUACUAACUGUGGGAAAACAUAUUUCAAGAGUUCACAUUUAAAGGCUCACAUGAGAACCCAUACAGGUGAAAAACCUUUCAAGUGCACCUGGAAUGAAUGCGAAAAGACUUUCGCCAGAUCGGAUGAACUUUCACGUCACAAGCGAACGCACACAGGAGAGAAAAAGUUUGUUUGUCCGAUGUGUGAACGCCGUUUUAUGCGUAGUGAUCACUUGACGAAGCAUGCCCGCCGUCACAUGACUACCAAGAAGGUUCCCAAUUGGCAGCUGGAAGUGAAUAAACUAACAGAGAUGGUUUCCUCGAACCCGACCUCUAUUGUGCCGACUUCACAGUGCUUUGUUAGUCUGAAUCAAUAGGCUGGCUACUUGUAAAAACUAGACUCCUUAUUUAUUUGUAUAGUCACAAAACUCUUUACACUCUGGUAUGGACGCAUUGAUUUUAUUUGAUAAUUAUACAUCCAAAUUAAGUGAAAUCAAGACAUUCUGCUUAUAAAACAAUAAGACCUAAAAAUUAACAUUUCAACAUUUUGUUGGGAGACGGGUUCCCCAGUUGCUUAGCUUACCAUGUGUUAGAAAAUGAGUUGGAGUCAAUCAAAUAGAUCAUUUCUAGUCUAGGAAUAUGCAGUUUUAGGCAGAUAUAUUGCUAUACUAGCUUCAGUUUUGUAGGCAUCCACUCUUACCAAAAUUUUUGUAAAAUAUAGACAAACAUUCCACCAUUGACGCACAGUGAAUAUUUAUAACAUUUUUGUAUUUAUGCAUACGUUUGUAAGAAAUUUCAAGGCUUGUGUAAAACUUGAUGUUAUAAAAUUGAUGAUCCCUCUCCCCUUUCUGUUGUGAGCAUGCUCAAUAAUGCAUCAACUAUGUAAUGUGCACGCUGAAACUUAAAUUGUAAGCAUAGCCACUUCUAUAGUUUCAACAUUUCUGUGUAAAUAACAUUGUUUUGCUUCAAUGCAUACCGUACGUAGUAACUUAUAUUUUCUUAAGUUUUUACUGAUUUUAGAAUAAUUUCAUAAUGAUUUUACCCAGCAUGCAUUGACUUGUAAACUUGGGGGGGGGGGGGAAUGCAUAUUUAAGUAAUUACACAAAAUGAAGUUAUCAAUCACUGUAAGAUCAAGCUAUUUACAUUUCUCAAACAGCAGAGCACCUCUCGCCGAACUUUUAUUACUCUCAUUUGUUAAAAAAAUUUCUAUGACCUUUGGUCGCUAGUUUUAUAGUGGACGAUGAAGCUGAGGAAGCGCACAACAGGCUUUUCAUUAUGAUUCCAUCGUUUUAGAGAAAGAAAAAGAGGAACUUGCAUAUCAUAUUCAGUAUUCAGCAAAACUAGUUAGGUGUUUUCGAAUGAAGAGCCUGCCUUGGUAACCAUAGUUUUUUUUUUUGGUUGAUAAACUAGGUUUUCUGUACAGUGCAACUUUUUUGUAUAUAUAUAAUAUAAUAUCUACAUAUUCUAUAAAUUUGGUCACAUUUCAUUUUAGAAAUUGUAUUGUCUAUUACUUUGUUAUAUAUAAAAAGAUAAAUUUUAUAUAUGUAAAAAAUUUGUUAAGAUGUUGGUCCUCGCUCUGCAUUCUGUUCGAUGUAAAAUACUCUGUUUGCUUACACAAAAUUCAAACAAAUGCUGAGAGACGACCAACGUUCUUUAGUGAAGAAGCAUGAAAUUAUCAUGAUGCAUUCUGUAUUAUAAUUUUAAUAAAAUGAUGUAUUUGGUAUGCUCCUUGAUAAGUAUGGUUUGGUCAAUUUCUGUGGAUUGACCAUACCACUUUCAUCAAAUAAUAGGGGUGUGGAGGGGCGAUAAUUCAAAGCGUCGAUAUUCAGCAUAAAUAUAGUACCGAUAUAAGAAACUUAGUCGAUUGUACGAGAGUCUGUUUUGUUUACGUCCAUUUCUAUGCAUGUUGCUUUUGUAACCUUAUUUUGUACAUUGUAAAAUGGAAUAUUUAUAUUGUUUUUUUCACUAUGUGUAUGAAAAUAAAACAUAUCAACACAGA